AUGCUUUCCGCUCGCUCGCUCCUUCGCUCCUCGCUCGGCCAGUUCGUCGCUGCUACCGCUUUCAAGGCGCUCGACUGUGCUACUGCGACCGUCCUCUCCAGCGCCUCGAGUCUCAUGACUUGCUUCGAGACUGCUCCUGUCGCCUCGAAGACUCGCUCCUCCUUCUUCGAGCCGACUCGCGCAAAGCCCGCUGCCCCCGCUCUCUCGCUCGUCACCCCUCUCGCCGUCACCUCCGCCGCCUGUCCUCGCGACUCGCUCACUGCGCUCGAUGCUCCGGUCAUGCCAAUCGACACUUCCGCGGCGAAGGAGCUCACCAUCGACGUUGCCGCGCAUGCCUCCUCGCUCGACAUCCCUGAGCCCCCUUCGCCAACUCUCUCGGCAGCCUCGUCCAUCUCGUCCGCCCUGUCCUCGCCUGUCUUCAACUCGGACGCCUCGUCCUUCGCCUCGUCGCAAGUUGAGGAGGUCCAGCGCUCGGACGCCUACUGGAUCAAGCGUGAGGUGCUUGACGAACUCCUCGCUUGCGUCGAGAAGAAAGUCGGCAGGAAUGGCUCCAUCGGCGACAUCCCGCUCGACGAUAUCGAAGCGUACGGUAUCGCCUUGAUCGAGAUGGAGGAGUCGUAUGAGCUCGCGUUGGAGGCGUCGCGCGGCAUCAACAAGGUCGAGGAGGACAAGAUUGAGCGCGAGGACCGUUUCUACUGCCGCCUCGACAAUCACAUCAACGCCUGGCUCGUGCGCCAGCUCUACAACCUUGACGCCCUUCCUCCCUUCGAUCCGACGCGCCCCGUCGCCCAGACCUUCUCCCCCUCGCGCCUCGCUCGCCGCCUCGACUCGAACGACAACGUCGUCGACAUGCGCACCCUCCGCGCCCACCUCUCCCUCCCUCUGCCCAUUCGACAGACGAUGGAGAAGCUUCCCCGCGAUUGCUGCCCUGGCACAUCCAACCUCCGCGUCGAGCUCGCCAAGCGGUUGUGCAAUCUCGCCGAGUACAAGGCUCAGCAGCGAGCUCAGCGGGCGUUUGUCGCACGCGGUCGACCUGCACGAGGACCUGCGAAGCGCGCGAUGCCCAUCGCGCAGCGCAGGGUCCCGUCGAGCGCACCUCGCUUCGACUAA